CAAAUGUUUGCUUCCGAAGAUUGGGUUAGUUCACCACUAUCUCAAACAACUCAGGGGAAGGUCGUGAAGAGAAUUGUUAUUAAUGAUCCCAACUUUUGGCCACAUGUUGCAUUUUGUGUUAAGAGUGUUGUUCCUCUUGUAAGUGUGUUAAGGGAAGUUGAUUCGGAGGAGAGAUCGGCCAUGGGAUAUAUUUAUGAACUUAUGGAUAAGGCAAAAGAGACAAUAAAAUUUAAUUGUGAGGGAGUUGACAGAAAAUACAAACCUAUUUGGAAAAAAAUUGAUUCACGAUGGACUCCACAACUUCAUCAUCCUCUACACGCGGUCGGGUACUAUUUGAAUCCGCAAUUGCGUUAUGAAGAAAGAUUUUCUUAUUGUGAUGAAGUUAGAGAUGGAUUGUAUACUUGCAUGGAUAGGAUGUUGUCUUCUGAUGAUCGUCUUAAAGCAGACAUCCAAUUGGACUUAUAUAAUAAAGCUGAAGGAGAAUUUGGAACUCCAAUAGCAAAACGAACAAGAAUGUUGCGAACUCCGGUCUCGUGGUGGGAACGUUUUGGAAGUAAGACACCCGAGCUUACUACAUUUGCAAUUCGAGUGCUUGGUCUCACUUGUAGUGCUUCGGGAUGUGAAAGAAAUUGGAGCACUUUUGAAUCGAUUCAUACAAAAAAGAGAAAUAGGCUUGAACAUGCAAAGUUGAAUGCGUUGGUGUUUGUGAAAUAUAACUUCAAGCUUAGGGAGAGAAGUAUUAGGAGGAGAGACAAGAUUGAUCCCAUUGUAGUUGAUGAAAUUAAUUCAGAUGAUGAAUGGAUAACUGAGAAAGAAGGUCCAGUUCUCCCCGUAACUACUAAAUGGCUUGAAGAUGAUGAAUUAUUUGAAAGUGAUCCUAUUGUGAGUGUGUCAUCUGCUACCUUUGAAAGUCUUUUCGACUCAGAUAAGCGAGUCGAAGAUGUUGAGGAUAUAGUUGAAGUUCCUCCUACGAAUUCAAAAAAAAGAGUUGCUGAAAAUUCAAGUGGAAGCAAAGACAAACAAGCAAGGUUGAGUCUUGUUGAUGUGGAAGAUAAUCAUCUUGAUGUUGAAAAUUAUGGAGUAAUUCCAACUUUUGAUAGUGGAAAUUUUCCAACCAUAGACACUAUUGAUGAUGAUAGUGAUAUAGAGUUGGAUGAUACUGAUUAUUUUUAAGUUAUGUUGUUUUAAUUAUAAGACUUUUUAAAUUGUUGGUAUGGGAUAUUUUGACAUGUAAUGAAUUAUUAUGAUUAAUUUUAGGUUAUGUUAUUUUUA